UCUUUUUCACGAUUGUCUAGCACCGCAGCUACUUGGUUGCCCAGUAUGAGAUACUUACGCCAAUUACUCGUCGGGCUGAACAUCCUUGUUUUCUUCUUCUCUGCUUGUUCCAGCGCGUCAUACUCGAAUUCUGAGUACUUUUCUUUCCCGCCCAAGAGCAACAAUAUCCCCACUGUGCACGUGGGCGAUACGCUCAGUGUAGAGUGGUCUGCAGUUAACAUCCAGCAAGCCUAUCUCCAGCAUCUCUGCAAUGGCUCUAUCGUCCAAACCAUCCCCUCCCUCUCCGGCAGCGGCCACCAAACCUUUAAAGUCAACGCCUCCUGGACUAGUCCUUGCCUCUGGCGCUACUACAGACAAGAAACCAAAAUCAACUACGUCGAGAGCGGGUACGUCAAGGUCGGCGCUGCUGACGCCUCUGCCUCAUCCGCCACGACAUGGCAGCCCUCUGGCCUGCCCUCCGCGUGCGCGCUGCAGUCGCCUACUUCCGCUGCUACUGAUGACGACGAUGACACGGCAACAUCCGCAUCCGCAUCCAGCACAGACGCGCCUCAAGCCCCCGCUGGUUCCGGCACCGCCUGCGCAGCAUCAGCAAAGCUUACCGCGAGCAUCAGCGACGGCGCAGGCGUCGGCAUCGGCUUCGCGGCCGGCACGGCGGUCGCCGCAGCCUUGACGGCGGGGUUCUGGAGCUAUUGGCAAAGACGGCAGAGGCGGCAGCGCAUGGACGGGGUGCUAGCAGGGGCGAAGGUGUAUGAGGCCGAGGGCGGCAGUAUUGGGGAGGCGGCGCGCGAACUGCCUGAUGAUGCGCAACGGCCUGCUGAGCUGCAGGGGUGGGGCAGACGGGUUGCGGAGAUGGGGGGAGAGGGCCGGAGGGCAGAGUUGGGUUGUGAGGGGGGAUACUCGUACUGGGGUGGGGCUGUGGAAUUGCCGGCGGAAGGGAAGGGUGGAGUGGUGAGCGGAAGGAAUCUAUGAGACUCGUAUUAGAGUGUCUGUUCGUAGGAGCUGGGAGUAAAGCUAGGGUGGUUUUUGGGAUCAUACCAAUGUGCUCGCCUACCCACUUAUCUACGCGCCGGGUAUGCGACCUGUGACCACUUUUUCGUGGGUCUGGGGAAAAGAGUGUGACAAGGGCGAUCAUACUGCCAAAAAUAGAUACCAUCACGCCUCGCAAGCGCCAUGGCGCCUAUCUUCACUCUUCUCCCCUCCCUCAAGCGCAAAAACUAAGGUUUAAACCCAUUAAAAUCAACCACCAUUACU